CCGACAAUUUCAUUCACUUCUUUAUUUUUGAUCGGGUUUCUUUUUUAAAGAGCGACCUUUGAACUUCCUUCUCUGCGCGAAAAUCACCAUGGCCUCCUCGUUGUUGAAAGUGUGCGUUCGAGGGUUUUCCUCGUCCUCGGUGGUUUCGGCCACGAUUAAAAACGUGACCGUCAUCGGCGGAGGCCUGAUGGGCUCAGGAGUGGCUCAGGUCGCCGCCCAGGCAGGUCAAAAAGUGACCCUCGUCGACGUGAACGAGAAGGUCCUGGACAAGGCCAAGGCCAGCAUCACCGGCAACCUGGCUCGCGUGGCCAAGAAGCAGUUCAAGGACAACCCUGCCGAGGGCGAGAAAUUCGUGGCCGGCGCCCUGGGCAACCUGAGCACCAGCACGGACGCCCUGGAGGCGGCAAAGUCGGCCGACCUGGUGCUCGAGGCCAUCGUCGAGGACAUCAACGUCAAGCACAAGCUGUUCGGCGCCCUGGACCAGGUGGCGCCGCAGCACACCAUCUUCGCGUCCAACACCUCCUCCCUGUCCAUCGAGGAAAUCUCCAAAGCCGCCCCAAACCGAAAGGACAGAUUCGGCGGUUUGCACUUUUUCAACCCGGUGCCCGUGAUGCGCCUUCUGGAGGUCAUUCGCACCCCUCACACCUCCGAGGAGACCUACAAGGCCAUGAUGGAGUGGGGCAAGGCCCUGGGAAAGGUGCCCAUCACCUGCAGGGACACGCCAGGCUUCGUGGUGAACCGACUUUUGGUGCCUUACCUGGCCGAGGCCAUUCGCCUUGUCGAGAGGGGCGACGCCUCAGCCAAGGACGUCGACAUUGCCAUGAAGCUCGGAGCUGGUUAUCCCAUGGGACCCUUUGAACUUGCAGACUACGUCGGUCUGGACACCACGAAAUUCAUCCUCGAUGGCUGGGCUAAAAAGUUCCCCGACGAGCCGCUCUUCAAGCCCAUCAAGAUGCUCAACGAAAAGGUGGCUCAGGGCAAGUUUGGAGUCAAGACUGGCGAGGGUUUCUACCCUUACAAGAAGUAGAAUAUAAUCUUGUUUUUGAUCACAUUAUUAUUAUGUUUGUUUUGUUGAAUUUUAUCUUUUGAGAGAGAUCAAAGAUCUUGCCUGUGGGAAAAAAAAUAUUUUGCCAAGACUGUGGGUUGGAUCUGAAUUUAAUUCCAGCUCGAUUUCCAUUCAGUUGUCAUAAUCUCAAUUUGCAAAUAAAGAUUAAAUAAAAAAUUCUGCUAUUUUAAAACAAA